AUGAAGCUGCGGAUUAACACUGUCACAAACUUGACCAAUCAAGCUCUUGUUCUGAUAAAUCAAACACAGAACCUAAUAAGCGAAGCAAGAGAUUUAACUGAUCAGGCUCUGCAGCUUCUUCAAACAGCCACCGGCAUCUUAAACACAAGCACACAACACGUUUCCAACGGUGAAAGCAACUACCAGAACGCUAGUGACCUUCUUAACGACUUGAAAACGCAUAUCAGCACUUUGGAGAACUCCCUGACAGUUACGGCACCAGAGUUAUCUGCAGCGAAUCAAAGUGUGAUGGAAAAUGCCACUAAACAUGCUGCUAAUCUCACUGCUGAAGCCAGACAAAGGCAAAGUGUGUUCAACACUACUCUGUCCCACGGAGCACGCGCAGUAGACGCUAUCAAAACAUUCGAAGAAGUGGUUGUACUGGGAAAUCAGUCACUGGAAACCUCGCAACAAGUCAACGAGUCUUUACAAGAAAUUAUGAACCGGCUGGAGAAUCUCACGCUAGUUAGCUCUGAUCUCCGAACAAGGGUUGUUACUUCUGAAGAUGAGAGCGAAACUCUCCUCAACAAUACUUUGAAAAGGGAUGCAGACUUACCAGGACUCCGUGCCAAUGUUUCCUCGUCAAAUCAGACUUACAUGAAUGCCGUUACGACUGGGACGUCAGUUGAUUCACUUUACAGCUCGUUACAAUCCAGCCGAGACUCCCUGGACCAAGCUGCAGAAGUCGGAAACAGUCCCCACUCCAUCGUGUCUGAUGCCCAGUCUUCUAGCGAUUACAUCGACGAGGCAAUAUACCGCUCGGAUCCAGUGAACAAUGGAGCACCAGCCCUAUUGGAUCAAGUGAACAGACUCGAGCAGAAAAUGCAGUCCAUUAAUGAAUCAACCGAGAGGGCUGCAGUGCUGACCAUUCAGGCAUUUGAAAAUGUGCAAAAUGUUAGUCGAUCAUUGGGGAGCGUGGACAAUAAAGUGCAGGAAGCGGACAGACUCAAGAAUAUAACAGCAAACUUACAAGCACAAUUGAGACAAAAUAUGUCAGCUCUAGAGGAAAAGCUGAGGAGAGCCAGAGAAUAUGUCGCCAAGAUUCGCCUUGCUUUGAAUGUUCAAGGAAGCACAACACUGCAAUACAGCCCUCCACCCCGCUUGAUAAACGAGACGAAGUACACUGAAAUCAGAAUGGAUUUCAGGGCUACACGGGUACAGGGCUCACUAUUUUACUUGUCAGAUGGAUCCAGUAGUGCGGUGAGCUGACAAUAUUUUAAAAUAAUUCAUAUCAUGAAGUUGAUG